GUCCUGUUUGUGCGGGUGUUGUAGGUAGGAAAAUGCCACGUUAUUGCUUGUUUGGUGAUACGGUUAACACCGCAAGUAGAAUGGAAUCAAAUGGAGAAGCAAUGAAAAUUCAUAUCAGUGAACAGACAAAGCAGUUGCUAGAGGAAGAUGUCAACUUUAUCAUUGAAGAAAGGGGUAUAAUUGAUAUCAAGGUUUGUUGAGAGAAAAUUGUAUUGAUACGUUUCAAUUAAUGUAAGCGUUUUAUCAGUUAGCCUGGUGACGUCCCCUUGUGGCUUAGGAGUCGCCUUUGAGGGUUGAGGCAUCCGAAAUGCAGCCACAGUUUAUCCAUGCGUGAUCGUAAAAGGCCACUAAAUAUGUCUGAAUUACUGGAGUCUGUGCAUCUCCUACCUCCAGCAGGCGAGGUGGUUUUGACCCCUAGUGUUGCUUUAAGUUUGUAACAUCCGACGUUAAGAAAAAAAAAUCAUCUUUCCUGUUUCGGUGCCAUAUGACCUAAACAAACAGCCUGGUGGCAGCAAGAUAUACUGAAUAUACUUAUGCGACCAAUGCAGACCAAGAUCCAUCGGCAUG